UGCACGGGUGGGGGAGGAAACGCGAGAGGAUGGAACAGCCGCGGGGGCGGUCUGGAGGUGAGCGGAAGCGCGGCGCGCCUCGAAUGAAUGAAGAGGAUUUUUUAUAGCGGCGGGAGGGACGCCCUUUCCUCAGAAGAGCCGCCCCCCCCCCCCCGCUGCCUUCAGCAACAGCGGGAGGGUAAGAAGAACAGCGCCCCCUUGCAAGCAGGUGGAAGAGGAGGGGGGCGAGGUUGACAGCGCGCUGGAGGGAAGAGCUGCUGCUCCGGGGAACGUUCCAAUCCCAGCCGAGGGAGGCGCUCUGGAACAGCCUGGCCCAGUGAGCCAAAGUGGAGCUUGCAGUGGCCACCAGCUGCAGGAAACGAGCAAGGCAGGAAGAAAAGGAGCGGGGGACUUAUUUUUAUAUUUAAAGCAACUAGGCAAGCAAACCACCGCAGCCCUGGCUGGGAGGGACCUUGGCGCAAGCAGGCAGGCAGGAGCCCGAGGAGGUGGAGGCGGCUGGGCCGAGCCAGAGCCGGGCCUCGUGGAAGCGAUGGAUCGGAAGAGGUGGGAGUGCUCAGCCCUGCCGCAGGGAUGGAAAAGGGAAGAAGUGACCAGAAAAUCGGGACUCUCCGCUGGGAAGAGUGAUGUCUAUUAUUAUAGCCCGAGUGGGAAGAAAUUCCGAAGCAAGCCUCAGCUGGCCCGUUACCUGGGGAACUCCAUGGACCUGAGCACGUUCGACUUCCGGACAGGGAAGAUGCUUAUGAGCAAAGUGAACAAGAACAGACAGCGGAUGCGCUACGACUGUUCCAGCCAAGCCAAGGGCAAGCCUGACCUAAACACCGCACUCCCCGUCCGGCAGACAGCUUCGAUCUUCAAGCAGCCGGUCACCAAGAUCACCAAUCACCCCAGCAAUAAAGUGAAGAGCGACCCCCAGAAAGCAGUCGAUCAGCCGCGCCAGCUCUUCUGGGAGAAGAAGCUAAGUGGCUUAAAUGCCUUCGAUAUCGCAGAGGAGCUAGUGAAAACUAUGGACCUUCCAAAAGGCUUGCAAGGUGUGGGUCCUGGGUGCACCGACGAGACUCUCCUUUCCGCCAUCGCCAGUGCUCUCCACACCAGCACGAUGCCCAUUACCGGACAGCUUUCCGCCGCUGUGGAAAAGAAUCCCGGAGUCUGGUUAAACACCUCUCAGCCCCUUUGCAAAGCCUUCAUGGUGACAGAUGAAGACAUCAGGAAACAAGAGGAGCUUGUCCAGCAGGUGCGCAAAAGGCUGGAAGAAGCACUCAUGGCUGACAUGCUAGCUCACGUAGAGGAGAUUGCGAGGGAUGGCGAGACCCCUGCGGAGAAUGCUGGGGGCGAUGAAGAGGAGGAGGAGGAGGAGGAGGAUUUAGAUCAUGGCCCGGAGGUGGAGAAUGUAUAGUCCAGGGUGUUCUUGCUGAGAACUCUGUUUGAGUCCUGACCUGCGCCAAGGCGAGCGUGUCUUCAGACUGCCUGUGAAUGUGUUUGACCUCAAUUUGCAGGAAGCCUUAGAAUCCAGUGGCUGAGUAGAUCCUGGCUAGUUUGAAGAUGGACUUCACUAAAAACCAUAUUUGUUCUCUCUUUCUCCUUUCCCCGCCCCCCAAUUUUUCUUAAGUGUCACAGGGGAGGGAGGAAGUUGGAGGAACUACGCAUCUGACCGUACCGUCUUACUUGCAAACCAGCAGUGUGACUUGAGCAGGCUUCCCUGAGCUUUGUAAAAGCAACCUCACAUGCCCCCCACACUAAUUUUCUUUUUUGGUUUAACCGGGAGUUGGGGAGAGGGCAUUGUGAGGACAAUAAUUUGGGACCACGCUGUCCCGGACUGUGUUUUUGAGUUGUAGAUAUAAUCUGUUCCUCCUGCAAGAUCUUGCCAUGGACAUUUUUGUGUUUUGUUUCUCAGCUGACUCUUGGGGUGGGGGUUGAAGAUUGUCUGUCUUGCUUUUUAAAGGAGCAGAAGGGUGCCUUCCUGUUUGGGUGUGAGGAAUAUGAGAAUCCAAGGUAUUUGACUGUCGAAAACCCCUUUCUUCCGGACAGACUGUAAGCUGAGUUGAAUACGUGGAGGAGUCGAGGUGACUGUGGUUUGCGUGGAACUCUCUGGAGUGCAAAUGUUUUGGGGGGUUUUAUACACACAAAGUCCGUUGUAGAAAGACUAUUCAGUGGCACUGCUUUAAAAAAAUAAUUGGAGAAAAACCUUUGUAAGCUGAAGGUGCUAUAUAGUAUGUGUUUUUUCAUGACUGUUAAAGAGGAGGGGGAGGGUUACAUUGGCCAUUAUCUGUUUUAUCAGAUUAAAAUUAUUUGCGGGGGAGGGUGCCUUUGCCUCACCCAAUUAAAUGCUAAUUGUUUUUAAUGUCCGCUCAAAGGGGAGCUCAACCAAUCCAGUUUUGAAAUGAUGCAGGAUCUGCUUUAACAUGUUCAGCAUCGUACCUUGAAUGCUUCCCACGCCGGAAGCUAAUGCAAAAUCAUGAUAUGCAUAAGCAGCAUUCCCCCUCCCAUUGGCAUCAAACCCAGAAAUGUUGCUUUGAUGGCUUCACAAGAAGGCAGGAGACAUAUCUGCGCUUUUAAUUGGCUUGCUUUUAUCCUGGCUCGUUUGGAAGCCAUUUAAACUGUUGGUUCCGGGUUUGCAUGCUAACGGGAAGUAAAUCCUGGCUUGGUUUUGCUGCCUGGGCAAAGGCACCGAACGGCAGAAAAGAGGCUGCCUGUGGGAUCCUCGUCUUCCCAUGAACUUUACAAUAGACAUUGAAUUUCUAGUGGUAGGGUUUCACUGUUCUGCCUGUGAGUGACCAACCAUGUUUGAUAGCUGCGUUGCAGCUUCCACAGUGCAUAUGGUGUUGCUUCUUAUUGAGGUACGGCGGGUGAUUCUCCUGAGGUUCCACUUUUCCUCACUUGAGAGGGGAACUCCACACCGCACCCAGUUCAAUGGCCACCCCUGCUGCUGAAUUUUGUUUCCUUGAGGGAGGGGGGUGUUCAUCCCCAAAGGUGGAAACGUUCCGUCUGGAGCCUGUAACCAGGAUCCAAAGCAGUUUGUGAGGCUCUCUCUUUGGAGAAUAACAUAAGGAGAGAGUAAUACUUGCAAUGGAGAUAUUUGCCAGUUUGCUCAAACAGCUGGAAGUUAUUCAAGCAGCUGUGGUAAUCCACAAUGCAGAUCUCUGGCACGCACACACUUCCCUCUCCCAUCUUUUCCACACUCUCUCUCAUCCAUCUUGGCAGGUAACCCCAAGCAAACCCUCUUUCCUUUUUUACGCUUUGCGGGCAGUAAAACCAAACCAACAAGAUUCAUAUUUGCUCUCGGAUGUUAGUGUGACAAAACCGUUAGUACUGCGGACUUUCUUCAUGGUGUCCUAUCAAAAACUUUUUGUAUGUCUUCAAACACACGGUCACACACGUACCCUUUUUCCUUUAGUCCUAACCGAUGUACUUUGAGCCGUGAUCACAUUUGUAAUGUACAGGCUUGUUGGGAACUAUUAGUUUUGUAAUAAAAAAUGUUUUUCAUAAA